AUGAGCUCAGCGACGCGAAUUGAGAACCGCUUCGCCGCGCAGGAAAGAUCAUUUGGGGUUCCUGAAUGGAACUGGCGAACUUGCGCAAGUCAUGCAGAUUGGAUGCACAAUGUCGAGUUCUUCGGGACAAUGGUUGUUGUUGCGGCUGCUGCUGCUGCUCUGCUGCUGCUGCUGCUGCUGCUGCUGCUGCUGCUGCUGCUGCUGCUGCUGCUGCUGCUGCUGCUGCUGCUGCUGCUGCUGAUAUUGCGGUUAUUGCAGUUUUGGAUUCAAGCCAUUGUGCUCAAAGGAGAUGCCUGGAAUCUUGUGCAGGUGCUGCCGGGCAGCAUCCCGCAGGUGGUGCUGGCGCGAACGGAGGGCCAGGUCUUCCGAGAACGCGUUGGCUUCAUGGUGCUGUGCAUCAUCGGCGCUUACUGCUCCAUGAGGAUUCUGGUGGAGCUGCGGUCGAUCCUGGAGCCAUUCCUGUGGGCUCUUUUCCUGGUGAUGGCCUGGAAGCCGGUUGUGGACGGCAUCGAGACGCGUCUCGAGCAGCUGCCGCUGAGCCAAAUUUCACCCGAGCCGCUCCACUUAGACAAAUCAGGUGGGGUUUAA